CAGCGUGGAUGUUCAUGGCCAGCUGUGCCAUCUUUGGCUCAGAUAACCUCAGUUCCUAUUUCUGGAUGCGGGUGAAAGUCUAUCCUAUUUAUAAAGUGCCCGCAGGAGCGGAGAUUGGAAGUUGCUGGAUUGUUGGCUCACGGUUCCGCUUUGGGCAACUGAGUAAACAGAAGGUGACGAAUCCAAGGCAUCCCUUCGUCAAGGCACAAAUAUUCCAUCCAGGCGCGGAGCUGGAUAAAAAGGCGAGCGGCUUUGAGAGCGGCACAACAACACAGUCGGUCGCAAAAGAGGACCACCGCAAAGCCUUCCCAAGAAAGAUGCUGUGCCGUCUCCAUCUCGCUGCACCUCGGAGUCCUCUCCGGAGCCGGAUUUUGUGGCCAAGAGCUGGCUCGCUCUUUAACGAAGUGGAACGAGAGAUGGAUGCCUUGUGGGACUUUCUGACAAGUAACUGGAGGCCUACCACCGCCAGCAGCAGCACAAUAACCACCACGUUCAGAAGCAACACAGGCUGUGGUUCAGAUACAGCGGCGAACCCCGUCGGUGCCAUGUUCGCAGUGACCCAAGACAUGGCCGGGUUUGACCCUCAAGAGCUGGUGGUGAAGUUGAUCGGAGAGAAGGUGGUGUUGACGGGGAAGAAAGCCACACAGACGCCCGACGGACCCUUCCGCUAUGAGAUUUUCCGGAGGGAAUGGGACGUCCCGGAGACCAUCGACCGAGAGCGCCUGAGCUGCUCCAUCUCCAGCGACGGAGAGCUGCGCAUCGAAGCCCCGUCGGCCGACCCCGCCAUGCGGACGGUGCCCAUCACGGUCAACCGGGAAGAAAACAGCGCUCCGGCAGAAGCCGAGUCUGAAACCACAGACAACAGCCGGGCCCAAGGUUAAGAGAGACUGGAUUCGGAGAGACUAUUUGAAAUUCCAAAAAAGUUAUAUUGAUCAAUGUCUUUUGUGAAUAAAUAUUUCAAAU